GAUAUGAUCGACAGCUGCGUUUCUUCUUUGAAGAAAAUGUUUAUUUCUGUAACAACCUGUUGCAAAGCAAUAGAAGCAGAGAGCCCUGAGGAGGGGAGCAGCCUUUGCCUUUUCGCUCUGGGUGGGAAAGGCUGGAAUAUGACCGGGGAUUCCCUGCGCCGCUGCGGCACGGCGUGGGGAGGAAGAGGCAGGGGAACUUCUGGGCGUGAGAGCUGCAGUUAAAACUGCUUCAGCAGAGGCUGGGGAGGACACACACAGACCGCCCCGACAGCUGGCAGCGACGGCUUGUCGGCUACGAUGGCAUCACAGGACUUGCGGAGACAUUAUUACACACUCAGUACAUCAAUGGGCCCAGCUUUAGUUGAGCAGGUGAUAUGUUUCCUGUACAGCAGCCAGGUUCUCAGUCAAUAUGAGCUUAAUGUCAUCACGUCCAAGUCUGAUAUCCUUACAAAGGCAUGUGAACUACUUUCUGCAGUCAUCCGAAAGGGGAAGAAAGCCUGUGGUAUCUUCUUUCAAGCGCUUGCAAUGUGUGAUCCACAUCUGAGCAAUCAGAUAUUUGGAACACAAGCAAGGCCUCAUACUUCAGAGCCAACAAGACCUGGAGAAGCGCUGUCCUCUCAAAAAGGACAAUGCAAGUCGCUGCCAGUGAUCUGCAAGAUUUGUAUCUGCAACUCGAGUCUCAGCAAUUGCACCUUUGGCUCAAACAACAACAUAUCCAUUAUGAGGUCAACGUCAUUAUCUGCCUUGGAGAACUUUGCGGAUCCAGCAUCCAGUGUGAAUGCAGAAUGUGGGAAGGCCCUGGAAAUGAUGUCUAAGUCCCACACGUGUGGCAGUUCCAAUGAAAUGAGCACAAGUAACAGAGAGGCCAUCCAAGUGGAGUCUGACAUUGAAAUAAUUAGGUCCAAAUUGCAAAACAUGAUUAUUGGAAACCAAAAUACAUUCACAUUGGUGGAACAAAUCAGUGACAAAGAAGAGAAUGAGGACAAGGAGCUGGACGAAGAGUAUGAGGAAAAUGAAUGUGAGGAGAAAGAAUAUUCAGAACAGUUAACAAAUGAAACCAGGCAGCCAGAAGCAGUGCAGCAAUUUGAAUGCUGCAGGUUAAUGGCUGGUUAAUAAAAAUGGAUCUAUCGGCUGGGUUUUGUGGCUCCCCCCCCCUUACCUUAGGAUGGCUGGCCGUUAGCCAUUUCAUGGGGGACUUCUAGCUGCCAGGACAGGAAGCACACCUCAGGAACUGCUGGCCAAUCAGAGACUGACAACUUCCCAGUACUAAUGGUGCCACCAUCAGUGAUGGUCACUGUCACUGCUGCACUCAGAGCAGUGAUGGGGUGUUGAGGGGAUGAGCUGUCCUGAAUUUCUAGAUUUAUUGUUACACCAUUUUUGUAUUUGGAAUGAAUUCAGUCUUGAAUGUACUCAAAGGCUGAGCAAAGGUUCACAAUCCUCUGAGUGAAGGGAGUCAGCGAUGACCAAGAGGCCAGAGAGUGAGGGAGUUCUCAUAUGGGUGACAUGUUACAGAGAUAGGGAGGGUGAGGAAUGUUUGGGAACAAGGACUCCCAAUUUCCCCAAUCCAGACAAUGAUCAGGAUUUGGUGAGUAUAAAUACAACAGGUGGGCGGCAUGGUGGCACAGUGGUUAGCACUGUUGCCUCACAGCGCCAGAGACCUGGGUUCAAUUCCCG